UCCCAGGAGGUGAUUCACGGAGAGGCUUCAGACUGCACUCUUCUUGCUCUGUCUGCAGUAGAUUCCUUCCAAGGGGCUCCUGGCCCAAGCAGGGGGGCUGCCUGGGAGCUCAGGAUCUGCCGCAUGUGAUGAAAGUGUCUACUCUCAGGGAAAGCACAGCCAUGGCUUCCCCACCGCCCCGGGAGACGGAGGAGGAGCUGCUGCCCGCUGGCUCCGAGCCAGGUGACCCUCGAGCCAAACCCCCUGUGAAGCCUAAACCCCGGGCUCUGCCCGCCAAGCCAGCCCUGCCUGCUAAGCCCAGCCUCCUGGUGCCUGUUGGGCCUCGUCCCCCCCGGGGUCCCCUGGCCGAGCUGCCUUCUGCCCGGAAGAUGAACAUGUUGGCGGGACCCCAGCCCUACGGGGGCAGCAAGCGUCCCCUUCCCUUUGCACCGAGGCCUACGACCGAGACCUCUGUUGGAGGAGAAGCCACCCCAGAGCCUGGGAAAGAAGAGGCUGGGAAAGAGGAGCUGCCUCCUCUGACGCCCCCAGCUCGCUGUGCCGCCCCAGGGGGCGUGCGCAAGGCCCCUGCUCCCUUCCGUCCAGCCUCGGAGCGCUUUGCGGCCACCACGGUGGAAGAGAUCCUGGCCAAGAUGGAGCAGCCCCGGAAGGAGGUGCCUGCCAGCCCUGACCGCCUCUGGGGCUCCCGCCUCACCUUUAACCACGAUGGUAGCUCACGGUAUGGCCUCAGGACCUACGGCGUGGCUGCUGGUCCCAAGGAGGAAGACAGCAGGAGCCUGGCCAGAGAUUGUCCCCAGGAGGGGUUAGCAAAGACUCCUCCAGAGUGCCAGGAAGAGAACAGCAAGACCCCCGAGGAGAGGAGCCCCACUUCUGCCGUGGCCGUCAACGGGGACCUGGCUAAGCCGGCCAGCUCUGAGCCAGCUGCUGAUGUUUCCAAGCCCUGGGAUCCCUCAAGUCCAGGCCCUGCGUCAGAGCCCGGAGGCUCUGCCAGCCUGGACCUUUCUUCCCCAGCCUCUGCCCCCGGGUCUCCUCGCCUUCCUUCCCCCAACGAGGGCUCCCCCUGCCAUGCUCUGCUGCCAGAAGCCCAGAGUCCUGUAGCUCCCCACGCUUCCCCCUGCCUCCCUGCGACCCCAGCCUCCCCCAGGGCAGCCCUCCCUAAUGAGGGCCCCUGGCGUGGCCCUAGCCCGGGACUCCCUGCUGAGCAUGUCCCAGAGGCCCCCGCAUCCGGCAGCCCUCCCCUUGAGGGUGUCUCAGGGUGCCACGGUGUGGAGCAGCCCCCACCCGUCUCGCCCCAACCCCCCGUUGAGGGGAGUGAGUUGCUGGAUAUCACUCGGACUUUCCCGUGUGGGGAGGAGGUAGCAGCCAGGGCUGACCCAGACCCCCGCCCUGUUAGCCUAGCCCAGCGCAGAUUCUCUGAGGGGGUGCUCCGGCCAUCCGGUGGCGGCCAGGACCAGAAGCUGGGGGGCUCGCUAGCUGCCCUGCCCCAAGGCCAGGGGAGCCAGUCGGCUCUGGAUCGUCCCUUUGGGAGUGGGACAGAGUCCAACUGGAGCUUGUCGCAGUCCUUUGAGUGGACAUUCCCCACACGGCCCUCGGGCCUGGGGGUGUGGCGGCUGGACUCCCCACCCCCCUCCCCCAUCACCGAAGCCAGUGAGGCCGCUGAGGCUGCAGAGGCUGGCACCUGGGCUGUAUCCACCAGGGAGGCAGGGGCAACCCAACAGGGUCCAGGGGCCGGGUCACCUGCAGGGGGCUCGGGAAGGCCUAAUUCCUGGGCUCAGGGGGAUGAUCCAGGCAUCUCCCCACCUCCAAAGGGCGAUGGGGAGAGUCACCCUCAGUCCCCAGCUGUUCCCCCGGAGCCCCUACCCCCAAGCAAGGGCUCCCCUGAAUCGCCCUUGCUGCAGGCAGAGGAGCGCUACGAGGAGCGGGAGCCUGUGGCUGGACAGGAGUGCUCCCUCCCCCUGGCCACCAAGGAGGAAGCCCUGCCCAUGCUGGAGCCGGUCCUGGGGCAGCAGCAGUCAGCACCCCCUGACCAGCCCUGUGUCCUCUUUGCUGAUGUCCCUGACCCUGGGCAUGCGAUGCCUGCCGAGGAGGAGACCCUGACCCUGGCCCGGGCUGAGACCACGCAACCCAGGACAGAGGCACCAGACCCCUCUCGAGUGUCGCCGGAGCCCACAGGCCCUGAAGGCGGCUCUCGCUGGCUAGACGACCUCCUGGCUUCUCCACCACCCAGUGCCGGCAGCAUGAGGCGGGGAGCUGGAGUGGAGCCAAAGGAUGCCCAGUCACCGACUACCUGCUCUGAGGGACUCCUCGGCUGGGCCCAGAAAGAUCUGCAGAGUGAAUUUGGGAUUGCUGCAGACCCACAUCCCACCGGCUUCAGUACUUCCAGCUGGUCCCAAGAAGCUUCUCAGGACUAUGGCCUGGGGAGUUCGAGCCCUGGAGGAAACUCAGGCCUUGGAGAGAGGGACUGGAGCAGCAAGUAUGGGCAAGGAGCAGGGGAAGGGCGUGCCAGGGAGUGGGCCAGCAGGUGCGGGGGCAUCAGCCUGGAGGAGAUGGAAGUCACCAGCAGCCAAGAUGGGAGUCAGGCAUCUGCCCCAGGGGGCUUCACAGCCCAGGACCGGGCCUUUGGAAAGCCAGCCCAGCCGAGCAGCCCGCAGAGCCAGGAGGUGGACAUUCAGGACUGGGAGUUCAGAAGGAAGGAUUCGCAGGGCACUUACUCCAGCCGGGAUGCCGAGCUCCAGGACCGGGAGUUCGGGAAGAGAGACUCGCUGGGUACUUACAGCAGUCGAGAUGCGAGCCUUCAGGACUGGGAGUUCGGGAAGAGGGAUUCUCUGGGCCCUUACGCCAGCCAGGAGGCAGAUGAGCAGGAAGGAGGCAGGGAGGACCACCUCCGCAGCUACAGCAGCCAGGAUGCUGAGGAGCAGGACCGCGAGUUCCAGAAGAGAGAUUCCCUGCUCGGCUCCUAUGGCAGCCGGGCUGCCGCGCAGCAGGACCGGGAGUUCGGGCAGAGUGCUUGGCUGAAGGACUACAGCAGCGGGAGCAGCUCCAGGGUCCUGGGCGCCCAGGACACGGGCUUUGCAGCAAGAACCCUGAGCUCAGGCUUCAGUGCCGAGGAAGCCCAGCAGCAGGAUGAGGAGUUUGAGAAGAAGCUGCCCAGUGGAGAGUCCAGCAGGGAUUCAGGCCGGCCAGAAGAGAGAGAGUCGGGGGGCUUGUUCAGCCCCAGCACCCCGCAGUUGCAGGACGGUGGGACACAAGCACAGAGAGACCAGAGCAGCUGGCAAGGCAGCGACACCAGCCAGGAGGUUGGAAGGCUGCAGGGGAGAGAGCAGGCAGGGGGCCAGGGCCCUGAUGCUGCCCUGGAGGAUGGGGAGACGGGGAAGCGAGGCUGGGCCGAUGAGUUCAGCCUCGGUGUUGCCCCCCAGCUGGAGGCAGCGUUUAGCCCCGGGCAGCAAGCCUGGAGCAGGGACUUCCGCGCUGAGGCCGCUGAGAGGGGCCGUCAGUUCGGCGUCAUCGGCAAUGACAGAGUGAGCGGUGCUGGCCUAAGCCCUUCCAGCAAGAUGGGAGAGACUCACCCUGGGCCUUCGGGGAAGACCACAGCCGGGCCCAUGGACUGGACUGACCAGCUGGGUCUCAGGAACUUGGACGUGUCCAGCUGUGUGGGUUCUGAGGGCUCGGGUGAGGCCAGGGAGAGUGCUUUGGGACAGAUGGGCUGGUCAGACAACCUGCACUUGCGAGACGUGGACCUGGCUGGCAGUUUUGAGACUGUAGGGUCUGCAGAGCCCAGGGGCAUUGGAGCUGGGGAGAAGGACUGGACCUCCGAUGUGGGGGUGAGGAGCAGAGAUGUGGCUGGGGUAGGGGAACUGGGAGGCCACGGCCAAGCCAGAGAGAGCGGUGUAGGGCAGACCGACUGGUCAGGCGUGGAAGCCGGAGACUUCUUGAAAGCUCGUGAGCGUGGAGUGGGACAGGCAGACUGGACGCCUGACCUCGGGCUUAGAAACAUGGUCCCAGGAGCUGGCUGCAGCCCUGGAGAGCCCAGGGAGCUUGGGGUGGGCCAGAUGGACUGGGGCAACAGCCUGGGCCUGAGGAACCUGGACGUGCCCUGUGCCCUGGAGUCUGGGAGUGCUCGGGGGUGUGGAGUGGGCCAGAUAGACUGGGCCCAGGACUUGGGGCUUCGGAACGUGGAACUCUCCGGGGCCCCAAGUGAAACCAGGGAGCAUGGGGUAGGAGAGGUGGGCCCAGGCCCAGAGCCGGGCCUCAGGAGCAAUGGUGGCUUGGCCCUUGACCUGGAGGCCAGCGAUGCCUUGGAGACCCGGGAGCUGGGAGUUGGUGAGACAAGUGGGUCAGAGACGCAGUGGGAAGACAACACCUCACCUUCCUUGGAGACUCACCCUGAAGACCCCAGGAUGGAGACAGGAGAAGCCCCCAGCUUUGGAGCCAGCCCCAGUGGGUGCCUGGCCCGCUCCCCACCCUCCGGCUCCCAGGACCUGCUGGAGGGCAUGCUGGCAUCUGGCAGCUCCAAGGCUGGGGCCCGUAGGGAAUCAACUGCUUCAGGCCACAGGGACCUGUUGGAGGACCAAGGAGCCACAGCGAGUGCCGACCAAGGGGAGCCUUUGCCCGCCUGGAGACCCCAGCCUGAUGGUGAAGCCAGCCGGGUGGAAGAGGUGGAUGGCACUUGGGGCCCAGCCGGGGCCAGGCAGGGCGAGCAGGGGCCAGCCCUGAGCCCUUGGCGCCCUCCGCAAGGGCCUCCCCCCAGCACUCCCAGCCAGGACUUCUCCUUUAUUGAGGAUACCGAGGUCCUUGACAGUGCCAUGUACCGGAGCCGUGCCAACCUAGGACGCAAGCGUGGCCACCGAGCCCCGGCCAUCCGGCCAGGGGGUACCCUGGGCCUGUCGGAGGCGGCAGAGUCGGAUGCACGCCUGUUCCAGGACUCCACGGAGCCACGAGCUGCUCGGGUGCCAUCUUCAGACGAGGAGGUCGUGGAGGAGCCUCAGAGCCGCCGGACACGGAUGUCCUUGGGCACCAAGGGGCUAAAAGUCAACCUCUUUCCUGGCCUGAGCCCGUCAGCCCUGAAGGCCAAGCUGCGGCCCCGGAACCGCUCAGCAGAGGAGGGGGAGCCGGUGGAGAGCAAGUCCAGCCAGAAGGAGUCUGCAGUACAGCGCUCCAAGUCCUGCAAGGUCCCGGGGCUGGGGAAGCCCCUUGCGUUACCUCCCAAGCCAGAGAAAUCCUCAGGGUCGGAAGGAUCCUCGCCCAACUGGCUGCAAGCCCUGAAGCUGAAGAAGAAGAAGGUCUGAGAAGUCACUAAGGCCCUACCAUCUGGCAGUCUCAGGCAGUGCCCGCUCCUGUGGGGUCCCUGGGUGAGGAGACGGCUGGAGCCCCACCAUGCCCCAGGCUGCAGCCUCUGUCCCCCUGCACCUCUGAGGAGCAUCUGGGGAGGCACAUUUAUGCACUUUGUAUCACCUGCCCAACUUCCCCUGCCCCAUGCCCUCCCCUUUCCCCUCGCCUGGAUUCCGUCACUAGUGGUCGAAGGUUUUGGUCCUUCCCUCGCUGUCUUCCCUCCCCUGUCUCUGCUUCCUCCUCCAGCCUCCCUUGGGUUUUCUUUUGAUACCAGUUUAUAGCAUUUUUUAUAAAAGCCUUUGAUUUUUGUAAUGGGUGGAGCACUGCCCCAGGCCCACCCUAGGUCUCCCCUCGUCCUGCCAGGUGCCUCACAGACACCAAUGACAUUUUGCCACUUGAAACAAUAAAUAAAGUUCUUUUGGAAAUUG